GUCAAAUGUAAAAGUUGUAAAAAUAGAAUUAAAUUGUGUUUUUUAAUAAAUAAAAUGGUUAUUAAGUGUAAAUUGUAUGAUUUGAAGAUUGGAUUGUAUAAUACAUAAAGGUCUGAAGAAAUAAUUGUUAUCAGAGUUUGAGGCAAAUUGUCAAAGUUUCUCUUCCUGGUGUAUUCCCAGUUAUGGAAGAACAAUCAACGCACAUGUAAACUUUGAAACACAAUUAGCAGAGUCUCCAGAGUCAGCUCAAUUCACCUCCAAUAUUCAAAUGAUGACGAUGGUGUAGUUGCAGAAAAAAAGAGUCUCAUGUGAGCUAUGCUUCAUACAUUAUGCGACCGGGCAGAGUCAUGCAGCUCGCGCAACAUUUACUAGCCACUCUAUGGCUUUUAAUGCAGAUAGAACUGGCAUUUCCGAAUAGCACAGAUUUGACCAUAACCGAUUACAAUGCGACGACGCAGUAUACAACCACUUUACCAACAACCACAGAAGAAGUCACCAGGCCACCUGUGGUUACUUUUCCUGAAAUCACAAUAACAGAAAUGCCUCGUCACAGGCUAAGACUGAACCAAUAUCAUGAACACCAUUAUGGACCAUUUUUCGAAGAACCAGAAGUCGCAAAUUCUGGACAAGCCGUCAACGUGUCCUUUUACAAGGAUUCGAAUGGGGAAUUAAAUUGCAGAGUCGGAAUGCUAAGAGAUAAAACGGUUACGUGGUUAAGAAGAAUGCACGACAAAGUCGCCCUGCUCACCGUUGGCGAGACAACUUACACCGGCGAUCUUCGACUUUCGGUGAAAUUUCAAUAUCCCAACAACUGGAAAUUGAUCAUCAAAGGAAUCAAGUUGGAAGAUGCAGGAUUGUACAUGUGCCAGGUUUCAACAUAUCCUCCCAGAGUUCUGAUCACCAACGUCACUGUUUUACCUCCAGCUCUUGUGAUAGUCGACGAGCUGGGAAGAAAAACGCCCGAUAUUUACUAUCGGACGAAUAGUGCCAUAGAACUGACGUGCCAAGUUACCACACUACUAAAUCUGAUGACCAAAGCCAAAACCGAAAAUACACAAUUGGUGUGGUUCAAGGACGGCGAACAGAUUUCGACCAACCAGACUAAACUUAUAAAUUCUCCACACUGGUUCGGUUUGCGACUAAACUUGCGAAGAUCCAAACCGGAAGAUUCAGGGACGUACUCGUGUCAGUUGACAAAUAUUUCAACGGUUUCCAUACGAGUUCAUGUACUAGAUGAGGAAACGCAAGCCGCAGUUCAACAUAAAACUCACUUCGGGGCAGCGAAUGUGUUAAAAUCGGAAUUCGGCCUUUUUUAUGCUUCGAAAGGAACAGGACACUGGGUUGGGAGGUAAUAGAAAUAAUAACGGAUAUUGAAAAAAACAAAGCCAGAAAUUAUAUGGUGAAAAAUUCUCUGGAUAAGGUGUUUUUGUUGAAAAUAUUAG